AUGGAGGAUUUUGCUAAUGCCUCUGCGUAUUGUCAACAACUCAAAACCUUGUCGGAUCAACUUAAAAAUGUGGGGGCGCCGGUUUCUAAUAACCGUCUUGUUCUUCAAAUGGUUUCCGGUCUUACGGAGUCCUACAAUCAAGUUGCUACUCUUAUUCGCCAAAGUGAUCCUCUCCCACCGUUUUAUCAAGCCCGCUCAAUGUUGACCCUAGAAGAAGUGGGACUUGCUAAGAAAGCCUCCACCGGGGCUGCGAUGGUGGCUCGAAAUGUAGAUGAUUCGGAUGCCCCUAGUGAUUAUUCCCAAACUCGCCAUUCUAAUCAUGGCCAUAACAAAAAUCAUGGGAAAAAUCGUGGCAAAGGGGGUCAAACCGGCCGGAAUUCCAGCGGUAAGGGUGGCGGCAAGGGUGGCCGGAGCUCCGGCAGCGGCAGUGGUGACCGCGGUGGCCGUGGUCAGACCGGUCCGACAGCAGGUGAUGCAGCAGCACCAGGGCAGUGGCCUUGGGGAUGGGGUCAGUUGCCCAUUCCUCCCUCUCCCUAUCCCACUUUUCCUUGGGCCAGACCAGGCGGCCCAUCACUUUGGGCUCGACAGCCAGCAGCAGCACCCCCUGUGAAUGGGUCAGCAGGAGUCUUGGGCAUCAAACCAGGCCAACAGCAAGCUCAUCAUGCCUAUACCACCUCUACCGGCCCAGUUUCUACUCCAACUGACAUAGAGGCAGCCAUGUACACACUUGGGCUCACUCCACCAAACCCCAACUGGUUUAUGGACACCGGGGCCACCUCUCACAUGACCUAG